AUGGCUGCCUCAUCCUCCACCUUCAACUUCAGGCAUCUCCUCCUCCUACCCACCGCCCUACUGCCUUUACUGGCCCACGCAUUGCAUGUCGACGCCAAUGUCUUGCAGCUGCAGCCCCGAGCGGACACCACGAACACCAUCCCUGCCCCGAUCUCCAUCAGUCCCGAUCAGAAUUGGGAUGGCAUUGACGGCGCCUGGUCCACCUUCACCUUGAGAGUCGGCACACCCCAGCAGUUCGUACGGACAUACAUUUCAUUUGCCGCAUAUCAGACCUGGGUAGUACUGCCAGAAGGCUGCGCGGCCGCCGCAAUUCAAGCUUCCUGCGCCGAUUCGCGAGGAUGGCUCUACAACGAGUCCGCGUCUUCCACCUUCGAUCGCAUGGGCAUCUACGAUCUUUGGAUUGAGAAGAACCUGGGUUACAAUGGGAAUGCCAUAUAUGGCUAUGACACUGUGGGUCUCGGUGGACAAGGCGAGCAAGGGCCGACGCUGAAGAACACGACGGUGGGCGGAUUGGCGGUCGAGGAUUUUUGGCUGGGUGUGUUUGGCCUGAACCCGAAGCCAACCAACUUCACAAGCUUCAGCGAUGGUUCUCCCAGCUACAUGGCCCUACUGAAAGAGCAAAACUACAUACCAAGCAUCUCCUUCGGAUACACAGCAGGAGCCAAGUACCGUUUCGCCGGCGUCUAUGCAUCAUUGACAUUGGGUGGUUACGACACUUCAAGAUUCGUCGAGAACAAUGUCACCUUCACAUUUGCCGGAGACAACGAGCGAGAUCUGGUGAUUGCGAUUCAGUCCAUUACAACCCCUUCCACGAUCCAGUCAUCGCCUACUGCAACCGAGCUUCUGCCUACGCCAAUUUUCGCAUUCAUCGAUGCCACCGUCCCGCAAAUCUGGCUGCCUGUGGAGGCAUGUCGAGCAUUCGAGCAGGAGUUCGGUCUAACUUACGACAACAAAACGCAGUUGUAUCUGGUCAACAACACCCUGCACGACACGCUGUUGGACCGCAACGCCAAUGUGACGUUUACCAUUGCCCAAGGUCUCGAUGGAGGCCCAACCGUCCAGAUUGUGCUUCCGUACGCCGCCUUCAACCUGCAAGCUCAGUCACCUUACCGUGGACUCUCAAAUACAUCCUGGUACUUCCCUCUUCGACGUGCUCAGAACGAAACGCAGUACACCGUUGGGCGAACAUUCUUACAGGAGGCAUACAUCACAGUAGGCUAUGAAUCUGCCGAGUUCAACGUAUCGCAAGUCGCCUGGCUUCAGUCGCCUGAACAGAAUCUCGUGCCCAUUUUGCCAGGCAAGGAAAGUGGUAGUCAGACAGGCUCGGAUAACUCCCAUGAAAACAGUGCAUCUAGUGGGCUCUCUGGAGGAGCUCUGGCCGGCAUUGUUGUUGGUGCCAUUGCAGCUAUCGCGGUGGUUGCAACAGUCGUUACCUUCCUGAUCCGUCGCAUGAGGAAAGUAGGCAAGCAGCGUGACGGCGAGAAGUUGAACACAACAGCUGCAACGGCGGUUUUGGACAGGACUCCGAGCCGGCACGUCUAUCCCAAAGCAGAGCUCGAGGGAUCAACAAUCGCGGACAUCGAACACAGGCGCCUCUUGUCAGCGCAUGGAUCGAUGACUCCUGGAACGCCGCGCUCUAUUCCAGGUCCGGGUUACUUGAUGUAUGUCAACGGCGGCUCAAGUCCGACGACGCCUGGAGGCGGUGAAGGAACACGCUCGAGUACAAACAGUGGCCAGCCUUUCACGCCGCUGUCUGCAGCAGCUAGUGAGGCAGACAGCAGAGAGCGACGCGUCUUUGAGAUGCCAGGAGAUAUGCCUGCUGUGGGCGAGAAAGAUGGCAAGGCAUUGACCGAAAAGGAAGCCAUUGCACGACGGGAACGUAUCUACAAUGGAGUAGAUGCUACGCCGACCUCUGCGACUGACUCCAAUGAGGGAGUGCGAGAGCCGCGUCGAGUCAAUCCAGAGGAUAUCGUGCGGACGGACGGGAUGGCAGCAGAGCCGCGAGACAGGACACUCCAUCGGACAUUCUCCUUUGAGGAAGUCACAGAGCAAGUAAGGUAA